AUGAACAACGAUGUGGUGACAGAGAUCCUCUUGCAUCUUCCCGUUCGAUCCCUCUUGAAAUUCAGAGCUGUCUGCAAAUUUUGGUGUGAUGUCAUCGAUUCUACACGUUUUUGCGAGCUGCACAAUGAGCUACAUAUCAACAACAAUAACGACAACGACAAAGCUGAUGAUGCAGUGUGCAUACAAUUUACUUGUGUUGAAAAUAGUGGAGAGUUGAAGCUAUCAACAGAGCUUAUAUACAACGGGUUUUUAAUAUCGUUUGACCUUCCGUCUUUCGACCUAGAAGAUCGUAGGAUAAUGGAGGAUCCGAAUAGGUGUUUGGAGGUAGCUGGGGCGGUUAAGGGUCUAAUAUGCAUAUCGGAUGUACAUAUUUCAUCCAUAGUCGUAUGCAAUCCUUUUCUAGGUCAAUUGAAGAUUCUACCUCUUUCUCCCCACAAUCCUUGCCACUUGUGUGGACGGAUCAUGCGUUACCAACAGGUUGGAAUUGGUUUCGAUGAAGAUUACAAAGUGGUGCAGCUGCUAUGUUGCAUCCGAGACCAUGGUUGUGUCCAAGCCUACCUAUAUUCGAGAAGGACGGAUUCUUGGAGAGAGUUGGCUCUUGAUCAAGAAUUGUCCACGUAUCCCUUCAUGAAGUCGUCGUGCAGGAAUGGCUCCUUUGUGUACUGGCUAGGGUGGCGGACGGGAGACCCAUCGACUGUCAUACUGAGCUUUGAUAUGAAGAAUGAAGUGUUUCGGACAUUCACAAUAUCGAGUCAAGGGCUUAUGAGGGGGUGCAAACUUGAUUUUCUUGCAAAGGAUGAUUGCUCGUUUUUUUUAUUCGUUUCAUGCAUUGAUGUGCUGAAGGUUUAUGAGUCGAGAGUUGAAGGGAACGAGCUUAUAUGGACUCUUGUGACGAAUCUUGUGACGAAUAUGGAACUAGCUGUAAUACGGGAUCUGCCUCUUUGGAGGGGCGAUGAUUUUGCGGUGUUGAAGAAGCUUGAUUGUGCGGUUUGGAGGUUGUUACUUUUGGGAGAUAGGGUUUCGUUACUUUUGUAUGAUUGUCGUGCUCGGGAAUUCAUCGCACGUUUGCUUCCGGAGAUUUCUGCUUUCGUUGAGUAUGAAGGAAGCUUCAUUUCACCUUAA